GCCAAAACAUGUGGUUUGCCAGCAUUUUUCUUGUUUACGUGCUUAGCGGCCAUUCAAUAAUCUUGCGAAAGUGCACCCCGGGAUCAUCGGGAUGGCGGGGUUUUAAUAUCGCAUGUAAAGGAUGGUUAUUUUUUAACCCCACCUAACGGGUUACCUCACCAACCUGUGGUCCCUCAUUUCCAUGUAAACAGGCCCUAACAUUCAACGACGCGAAGGCAACGAGAACGUCUAAAAAAACAGUAGGUUUAAUCAAGCGCUUGAUUUAAUAAAUAAAACAACUACUUUACACGCUCAUCGCGCUUUUUUUAAACCUUUAUUUGCCGUUUUUGCACGACUACGACGUGAAAAUGCCUAAUUUCGUGUUUUAUUUCGCUUUCUGAACUUGGGUAUGGUCACUUGGAAUUAAAAUUCAGGGGGAUUCGCGUAGAUUUGACAAAGUAAGUAAGUAGGAAUAAUCGUGAUAAAGACUGAGAGAACGCAAAUUCAAUUUAAGCGAUGUUCUCGUUGCUGUCGCGUCGUUGGAUCUUAAAGUGCCUUUUCGUCAAAAUAGGUCGCGCCGGCAUCUAUUAAAAAAACAUCACCUCCGGUAAUUGUUUUGGCAGAUAUGCCAUGCCUUUAUUUUAUCUUUUGCGAAGGAAUCACGCAAUGAAAACGUCAUGCAAAGCGGCUUUUUUACAUCCUAUUUGUAUAAGAAGUCUGUCCUUUUAUUUAUUGUACUGGCCCCUGUUGUUCAAAAGUUGGAUAACGCUAUCCAUCGGAUAAAUCUCUAUCUCCUGGAUAACGCAAUUGGGUUUCCUAGUACUUACCCACUGGAUACUGAUUUAUCCGCUGGAUGGCUCUAUCCAUCUUUUGAACAGCCCUGGCCUGAAGUUUAUUUUGACUUGAGUUCUUGUCUUUUUCGCCAAAAGAAUUGUUCUGUGCAAGAAACCCUUUGGGGCCCAGCUCCGAAUUCUUUUAUAAACUAUAUUUUCUACGGAAAAUUCUUUUUUUUUCGUUCUUUGGCAAAAAAGGAACAAGUUGGUAUCACCAAAUGAACUGGUCGCGGUCAAAUGCUUUUAUAAAAACGGACACCUUGAGCUGGUGCCAUCUCCUUUUGAUUUAAAUCCCUUUAGCUUGAAAAAUCGUCUUUCGUAUGUUUUUAUUUCCCGGUGACUAAUGCACCGUUAAGUUUAUGAACCAUUUUAUUGUUGAGUUUUGUUAGUUUGCUGUUUUUAUUUAUUUAUUUAUUUAUUUAUUCUCACCUCCCCACCAAGGCAGAAAGAAAUAAACCAGUUUAUCCAAUUUGCACAACAGGUCCACCAACAGUAUCUAAACUAAGUUCCCUUCCUCUUAAAAUGGCGCCAAACGGCAAUGUAAAUUUGAGUUGCAAGGCCAGGCAGCUAAAUGCUCAACAAAUGGCUUCUUACAAGUGGAAAUGGAUGUUCAAAAACGGAAGCGAAAUAACAAAUGUAUCUGGGAAGUAUAAAAUACUCAGCGCGUUCUCAUCUCCCAAUUCUUGUCAACAAACUAAAGGCGUCGUUUAUCUUCAUGUUAAUAAUGUAACUACGGAAGAUCUUGGAACAUACAAGUGUGCGCUCCUUGAUUCUGACAUGGAAAUUGCUGUGGAGGACGUUCCUUUUUAUGAAUAUGGUAUGUUUUGUGCUCUAAACUGUACUUUGUAAGGUUUGAUGAGAAUUCUAGUGCCUUCUUGAUAAUUAGACUUACAAAUUAUUCCCUAUCUUUUAUUUUGCUGAGGCGGCAGGGAGCUUUAAUAAAGCCGGUCACCCCUUCAAGUUAAAAAAAAUAUAUAUAUAUAUAUAUAUAUUGGGUUGAUUAAAUCCAGAAAAAAAAAAAAACGUGACAAGUAUAGCUAUUGGUUAAGAAUCUAAAAGCAAAAGCCAGCCUUAUUUACCUACACAUGUGGAGACAGCUUAUUGAAUUGACUCUGUGUAGGGGCAGAACAGGUACAAGACCUGUUGCAAAACACGAUGGAAAACCACGUACGGCUAACCCCGCUAACCUUAAUCAUCCGUUUCCUUUUACUUCAAUUUCCAACUCAUUCCAACUAGACUCACUUGAUCCAUUCUCCUUACGUAUACGUCCCUAGCAUACUAUUUGCCACUGUUAGUGCAGUCGUUUUCCUAAAACUGUUUGAAUUCACUUGAGCAGAUAAUGAGCUCCUUUAAUAUGGUUUAUUUUCAGUCAGCUCUAACGUUCCACCACGUCCUGAAGUUGUAAAAAAUGUCGCCUUUGACUGCGGCCGUACGAUAGAAGUGGAGUGGAAACAGACGGGAGGAAGUGGAGUAACUGGAUAUGAACUCAUCAUAUCAUCACUAGCGGAUGAUUCCGAGCAAAGAUUCAACCUGUCAAACAAAGAUCAUUCCAAGAAACUCGAUGUUCAAAGUAACAAUAUUUACGAAAUACAAAUCAGGGCAAAAAACGCGUUGGGCCAUAGUUUUUGGACAAAACGUCAACUGGAAACGACUGCAGGUAUCAAUUAA